AUGUGGAAGCAGGUACUGCUACGUAAGCAUAGCCGAACAUCACAGCCGCAAACGGGUAUAAGCAGUAUAUUUCUCGGUUCCAAUCCGAAUAGGAGUAUGGAUCCCUGGCAACCGCUCCGGUCAAUUUCACACCAUGAAACCAUGAAACCCUCUGAGCUGAAGACCCUGAUUUCGGUGGUUAGCCAAAUUUACAUGGAAAGCAGAGAGCCAAGGCUCCGGGAGCUCUUAAAAGGAACGAAUUGUGCCAGACUAUGCAGAUUUUUGUUUGCCCGUUUUGGGCCCGAUCGAUGUCGGUUUUUCGAAUUUCCGGAUUCGACUGAGAAGUGUUUAAUCCUAACCAAUCCGGAUUUGGAUGCCAUGUUCCUCAUCGAAUGCCCUACGGAAACAUCUCCAACUCUUAGCGUGCUUCUCAAGGAGCCUGACCUCGUCGAGGACACCCAAGAUGAAUCGAAGCGGUUUAGGUGGGAAAUAACAUACUUGGGUUGUUUGAUUAGACGUUUUAGCGCUCCACUUAUACAACCAAAAUCUGAAAAUCACGCAUUUCGCUGAAA